AUGCUCUCUAAGCUGAAGCUUUCCCACAGAGAAAUUCGAACGGCACUCUUGGCGAUGGAUGACAAAGGGAAACUUCCCAAGGACAUGCUCGAACAAAUGCUCAAAUUUGUUCCGAGUAAGGAAGAGGUGACUCUGCUGCGAAGCGCUGUCAAUCGUCACAGUUCGCCGUCGGUUCUCGCCUUGGCCGAUCGCUACCUCUACGAAAUGGCUCAGAUCCCGCGUUUUGAGCCACGUCUUCGCUCUCUCUACAUUAUCCGAACGUUCCAGGAGAGAUUCGACUGUCUCACACCACACAUUCAGAGUGAGUUUGAAAAGGGCGAAACCGCCAAUUCCCCGCGAAAGACUUUA